GCACUCGAAAGCAACAUGCUGCCUGUGCGAUGGCGAUUCCAUCUGAGGAUCAAAGGAAUGAUAAGAAGUUUUUGUGCCCAAAGAUGAUAGGUGAAUAUAUUGACAACUGCAUUCGCAUUUUUAUUGUUGUUUUCGUUGCCGAUUUUAUGCAGCGCUUGUUCUAUAUGUCAACUGAGUAUCUUAUCAAUGGCCAGUACUACCUGCUUGAGGAUCGUGCAAUUACAAUUGUAAAGCGCGCUUUUUCGUAUCACCGCAAAGCAGUAUUUUUGAUACUGGGACUUGCUUUCGCCGGACUGGCGCGUUUUGGUAGCACCGGUAAUUUGACGCCCUUGCUGCCCAAAAGCGCGCACCUCAUCUACAUACCACUUUACUGGAUCUUUAGCUAUGCCCAGCUGAGUCAUAGUUCAUUGAGCUAUGCCCACUGGAUUCGCGAAUCCCAUGGACUAGAUUACGCUGCCGGGAUGGCAUCUAACUAUUUCCAUGGGUAUCUAAAGCUCUCUUUGCCCGAACGCGGCCACGACGGCUUGCAGAAGCGCAUGCAAGCAUAUGAGGACACUAAUAAUGUCAGAUUCGGGCUGAAUCGAUUGAUCAUACUAAUACCAGAUGAAAUGUUUGUCAAAGGUGUUAUAGAGAGCAGCUUGCUAGAGAAGGCUCAUCCUUUGGAGACACAAUUUAUCAAUCGGGCUGGUGUAAAUCGCCCGUUCAAGCAUGCGGUCUAUAGGCUUACCAAGCAAAUAAAUGGCACAACUUACUACUUUGCCAUGGAAGGAGCCACACCCAUGUUAUCAUUUUUUGAUUCCAUGAACUUUCAACUGUCGGCCACCUGGCAAAUGCAGGAAAUGAAGCGCGAAAUCUGGCUGAAGUUCUAUAAACAUCUGAAGGAGCUGUUGAACACCUGGCCGGAAACUCGACGCGAAGUGGAACUGAUUAUUUAUAAUUCUCAUAAAACAAACGGAGAACCUGUAGACGUUGGUGAGAUUCUUUACGCGCAUGUUUUGACCCAUUUAAACAACAAGAAAGUACUCAAUUGAACUACUUUACUUAGGAUAAUGUUAAAUGUAAAGGUAUAUGUUACGUGAAGUGAACAAAAAUAUAUCUAAGCCAAAAGUGGUUAUUAUCGCUAAGA